GGUGGUGGUGGUGGUGGUGGUGGUGGUGGUGGUGGUGGUGGUGGUGGUGGUGGUGGUGGUGGUGGUGGUGGUGGUGAUUCAAGUGUCGACAAAUUUUGUGCUGGCAACCGUCUUUCCAGUUAG